AUGAUUGACGGAUCGGGCGGUGAUGGUCUACCUACCUGUGGCUGCCAAGGUAGAACAUGCAGCUUCGGCAGCAGCAAAGCGGGAAACCAAGGUCAAGACCCAUGGUUGGUCCCAGGGCGCGAUGGCCGCUCGCUGGUAUCGACGCUGAUUAGGCCGGGCCGACUCGAACGAUGGGAAAGGAUGGAUGGAUGGCGGGGAAUCAGUCAGCCCCAAUGCAUCAGAGACAGACUCGAGGUCAGUGGUCCAUUGGCCACAGUUGGGAGCAGGGAUAUUCAGAGUUUCGGGGUUGAGCCCGGCCGGCUGUGUGCGAGCGGUCGUUCUGUAUGCAUGUUUCUCUUGUCUCUACUCUCACUGGCCGAAGGGAUGACAUGA